AUGGCUGCCGCAAAAGAAGCAUAAAAUACAUUAAUCGGCGUAGUUUUAGUAAAAUUCGGACUAGGCGCUAUAGGUAUAUGGGGAGUUGCUAAUACAUAUUUUUUUUCAUAUUUUUUAAAAUAUAAUCCUGAAUUAAAAUUAAGUGAAUUUAAUUUUUUAGUCACAGUAGCCGCUAUUCCGAUGAUUAUAAUUACUUUGUUUUCUUUAUAGGUAUGCGAAAAAUAUGGUUUUGAGAAAAUAAUUAAAAUUACUAUGAUUAUUAACCCGAUAUGUGUAUUGAUUGGAUCUUAUUAAAAAAAUUUCUAUAUUUUUGCAGCUUUUAAUACUUUAAUUUCGAGUAUUAGUUUCGGGAUUACAGCUAUGCCCAUGCUAUAUUGUCUUUGGAGUCAUUUUCCUUCAAAAACUGGAAAUACUACUGGAAUUGCGCUCGCAAGUUUUGGCUUAGCUACUUUUUUUUAUAGUUUAAUUGUAACUUUUAUUGUUAACCCAUAAAACUUACCAGCUAAUAUAGAAUAUGAAGAAGGAACUUAAGUAAAAUAUUAUUUUAAUGAUAUAUUUGCAAAACAAAAUGUUUAAAAUAUUUAAAAAAUAAACGAAUAGUAAAUGACUAAAAGUAAAUCCGAUAGUCAUCUUUUUAAACCUACAAAUUAAUUAAAAAAUUAAAAUUAUUAAGAUGAUGUAAAUAUAGAAAUAUUAAAUUUAAAAGAAGCAAUAAAAACUCAACCAUUUAUAUUAAUUUAUGUUUCUACUUUCUUUUUAAGUUGCUUUUCAUUAUUCAUUUCCCUUAAUUAUAAAACAUAUGGCUUAACAAAAAUUAAUGAUGACCAUUUUUUGACUUAUUUAAUUUCUAUAACAACUAUUGUUAGUAGUUUAUCGAAUAUAUUAUGGGGAUAUUUAGUAGACAGAUAUUAGUUUAGGAGUGUCUAUAUUUUCCUUAUAUGUAUAAUCUUAAUAUCCGGAUUUAUUUUUCCAAUUAUUUCUUCUAAUAUAUUUGGAUUUUCGAUUAUCUAUUAAAUACUUGGAUCAACAGAAAGAGGAUUAUAUACGAUUAUAGGACCUGGACUUGUUUAAAUAUAUGGAAUUAAAUUAGGAUCUGAAUUAUUUCCUAUAAAAAGCACUUCAUUUUUCUUAGCACUUGUACUUGUACCUGUUAUUUAAGUUUUUUUAUUAAAAAGAUAUACUUAUGAUUAAAUUAUCCAUAUUUUUAAUUUUGGAAUUGCUAUUUCUUUAAUACUUUCUUUUAAACUUAAGAAUAAAUACAAUUAUUAUAAUUGAUGUAGAAUUAUAAAAACAUAAUAUAUAGAUUAAUAAAUAAAUAAAAACU